CCGAGUCGUAUUCUAUCUUGAACCCUUUUCCAAUUUCUUUUUUCCUUCUUUUCCGUGUGUCGUUGUCUGUUCUGUCGUCUAUCUUCUUUCCGGCCUCGGGUUUUGAAGAAUAGGGUUCGCUACUACUAUUCAUAACAAACCUAGCGAGCGACUCAGGCGCGCUCCGCAUCGACAUUCUUUUUCUAGUGUGAAGCCGUCAUUCCAAGAUCUUUUAAGGUUCUUCGUUUAGGACCAUCCUCUCUCUCUCUCUCUCUCUCUCUCUUUUUUUGUGCCCGCGUGCCUCCUCUUUUUCUAUCUUAGUUCUUCUAUGAUUGUUAUACGGGGUCUACUCUUCUCUCAGUGAGCCCCCUCCCCCCGAUUCGUCCUUCACAAUGGCGAUUGGAAAGGAAGGAAAUGUGAAAUGGGUGGAUGGUCUGCGAGGAAUCGCAUCAUCGCUGGUGGUGGUCAAACAUGUCACAAUCGCCUGGUUCCCAUACAUCAUGUGGCCUUCGCCAGGGCCUGAGGACCUACCCGUUUUACUCGAGAGGCCGUACUUGCGCGUCUUCUUCCAGGGCCGCAUCGGUGUGGCCAUCUUCUCCUUCGUCACCGGUUACGUCUGCUGCCUCAAGCCCAUCAAGCUGUUCCACCAGGGCAACCACGACAAGGCCUUUGCCGCCAUUGCCAAGUCCGCCAUCCGCCGUGUGCCCCGCCUGGUCCUCCCCGUCGCUAUCGUCCUGGUCCUUUCCUGCCUGGCCACCCAGCUCGGCGUCUUCGAGGUCGCCCGGCACAGCGACGGCUGGGGCCUGGACGUGACGAGCCCCGAGUAUUUUCCUAACUGGCUUGAUGCUUUCUGGGCCUUGGUCUGCGACGAGGUGCGCGUGUGGACAUUUGGGCAGAGCAUGUACGGCGCUGAGCUCUGGACCAUGAUGCCCAUCCUCAAGGGUGCGUUCUGGGUGUACGUGUAUCUGCUGGCCACGGCCUAUGUGCAGCAGAGAUACCGCAUGAUGAUCGCCCUGUUCCUCGCCAUGUUCCGCUACUGCGCCAACGACCCCUUCUUCGGCAUGCAGUUCUUCUUCGGCGCCUUCAUGGCCGACCUGCAGAACCCGAUCGCCGAGGGCCCGCCCGUCGUGGCCUUCCUCGCGCCGCACAAGUCCCACAUGAAGUGGCUGCGCAUGUUCGGCUCCGUCGCCUUCCUCGCCCUCGGCUUCUUCAUCGCCUCCCUGCCCGACGACCACUACGACUACCAGGCCUGGUCCCAGGGCCUGUACGAGUUCCUGCGCGCCAUCCUGCCCCGCGACCCAGACUUCCCGCGCUUCUCCUCGGGCCUGGGCCUCGACCUGAUCGUCAUCGGCCUGCACUUCUCCACCACCUCCCGCAACAUCCUCUCCAGCAAGCCCUUCAUCUGGCUCGGCCGCAUGUCCUUCGCCGUGUACCUGCUGCACAACCAGAUCCUCCGCUCCGUCCUCUGCUGGAUGGUGUACGGCUUCAGCCUGCCCGAGCAGCCCACCGACUUCCCCGGAGCAGGCCGCCUGUUCACCGUGCUGCCCAUCUACUGGGUGCUCGUGUACGGCGCCGCCUGGCUGUGGACGACAUAUGUGGAUGCGUGGUGCGCCAAGGUGACGGAGAAGCUGGUGGGCAAGAUCAAGGAGGACGACGGAAGGGAGAAAUCCGAGCCGCUUCUCCCUCUUGCUGCGCCUGUCCGUGCGAACGAGGAAGUGCCAGCGGCACGAUAAGGAGGGAGAGCGAGCGUGUGUGUCUUAUUUCGACUUUAUAUACCAAUGUGUAAAUGGAUUCUCUCAUAAAAGGGGAUAUGCAGAGAUGGGGAAAUAUUUCCGGUUUUUCUUUGGGUUGGAGGAGGGUUUUCUUUUUUGUCGUUGUGUUUCUCGCUGACGUUUUCCCGCCCAUUUUCAUUAUUGCAUUAUGCAUAUGUACUAAGUACUCUCACUCGAGAAGCAUAGCGAGGCACAUCUUUUUCCAUAGCAGCCAACAGAAUCGCUGCAUUUCUGGAAACCUGUAUGAUUUUAGAUAUUGAAGAUAAGAAGAGGAAGGGAAAAAAAAAAAAAAAAUUAACACUUCUGG